GACAUAAUCAUUCGCCCUGUAUAAGGGAUAAUUGACAAUACGUCAUAUUUUUGCUCGUGAAAGUUUUCAAGUUUUUCAAUAGAAAAUCCGAUUUAAGAACAUGGACUCUGGAGGUCAAAGUAAUGAUCCCCCAGCGUCUCCGAUGAUGAAUGGAGCCAGCCAGAAGGAGAGGACAGAAAUUACCAAGAAAUCAAAGGAAUUGAUGACACCAGCUGUAGCAGACGAAAAGGACGGAACCAUCCAGCGCCAGACCCUGAUCAUCGAAAGCCAGGCCCAGCAAAUAAAGAACGAAAUAUUCACGCGGUAG